AUGAUUAGUGCUGUUUUACUAGCUCAAAUACCUCGAGCCAAUGAAACCGGUCCUCACAACGAGUUGGAGAGGUCUGAUACGGAGGAAGGUUAUGGUGAGGAUGAAUUUACGUGGGCUACCGAGCAAGGCAGCGAUGGCGAAGGCGACGGCGGCGGUGACAGCGAUGGUGACUCAAAUGAUGGUUUGAUUCUCGAACAUGAAUGGGAGCCUCGGGUCGAAGAGCGAGAGGAUGAUAUGGCUCAUAACGACGCAUACCAGGAAGAUGAGCACGGCGCUCAAUACGAUGAGCACGUUGCUCACCAGGACAUUCAAGCACGUGCGCAAGGGCAGCACGGAUGUGUGGUUGUGGCUUACCCAGAUCCGCGCGCUGGUCGAAUCAUCAAUCAAGCCAACUGCCGUGCUGCAAAUGUGGAAUACGGGGCACACCUUUCUAAUGCAGAGAGGGAUAACGUGUAUCAUCCGUUUGCUUCUAAGAUGGAUUGGGAGGUCGCAAGAUGGGCCAAGCUGCGUGGACUCAGUUCAACAUCGUUAUCUGACCUGCUCGCAAUCCAGGGGGUCAGUGAACGCUUAGCGCUCUCUUUCAAGAACGCAAAUGAGCUGAAUUCAAUGAUCGAUCACGAACUUCCGACCAGCCGGCCGAAGUUUAAACGAGAGCAGAUCGUUGUCGCUGGAGAAUCCUUUGACGUCUAUUAUCGUGACGUGAUUGAAUGUGUCAGGUCACUAUACAGUGAUCCUGACUUCGCGCAGUAUCUUUCGUUUGCCCCCGAGCGGCAUUAUACCGAUGAGAGUGAGACUGUUCGUCUCUUUCACGAUAUGCAAACAGGUAAAUGGUGGUGGGACACGCAGAAAAAGCUCGAUCAGCGCCGUCCAGGUGGGACCAUCAUUCCCAUCAUUUUAUCGUCCGACAAAACGCAAGUAACGCUGUUCCGCAACAAGUCUGUCUAUCCGGUGUAUCUCACAAUUGGGAACAUCCCGAAAGAAAUCCGACGCAAGCCGUCAUCUGGUUCCUACAUUCUACUCGCUUACUUGCCAUCAACACGGCUCGAACACAUAACCAACAAAGCUUCACGCCGGCGAACUUCGGCCAACUUAUAUCACGCAUGCUUGAGCCGUAUUCUCGCUCCACUCAAAUCUGUCGGACUAGAUGGACUGCAUAUGGCUAGUGGAAAUGGUGAUGUCCGCCGUUGUCAUCUAUUAUUCGCCAAUUUCAUUGGCGACUACCCAGAACAACUCCUCGCUACUGGGAUCAAAUUUGGAGAGUGUCCGAAAUGCGAUAUCGACGCUGACGAAACGGGUAGCAAUACAGCGCCGUUUCACUUACGAAAACUUGGCGAGGUGCUAGAUGCACUCGCUGCGUUCGCUGAAGGGAAUCUGCCCUUUGUUCGCGCUUGCGCUGCGGCGGGCAUCAAGCCAAUUGUCCAUCCUUUCUGGGAAGAUCUUCCGUUCGCUAACAUUUUCCGUGCAAUCACUCCAGAUGUCUUACACCAGCUGUAUCAAGGCUUGGUAAAGCACCUCGUAGGAUGGUUGACGGCUGCUUGUGGAGCCGCCGAAAUUGACGCUCGCUGUCGCCGGCUUCCUCCAAACCACCACAUUCGUCUGUUCAGCAAGGGGAUCACUGGCCUGUCACGCAUAAGCGGGACUGAACAUGCUCAAAUCUGCCGCUUCCUCCUUGGUAUCGUGAUUGGUAUCCGGUUGCCCAACAAUUUAAACGGAAACCGACUCUUACGUGCAGCACAGGGUCUACUCGACUUCCUCUAUCUUGCACAAUAUCCGUGCCAUAGUUCAGAAACCUUGCAACUACUGGACGACGCACUCGAUCGUUUUCACGAUAAUAAGGACAUUUUCGUCGAACUCGGAAUCCGACACAGUUUCAACUUACCGAAGCUGCACGCCACCCGCCACUAUCAUCUCAUGAUUAUCAUGUUCGGUACCACAGAUAAUUACAAUACAGAAUACACUGAGCGGCUCCACAUCGACUACGCGAAGGAUGCUUACCGGGCCACGAAUCAUAAAGACGAAUUCGUACAGAUGACACGCUGGCUCGAACGUAAGGAAAAAAUUUUACGCCAUGCCAAGUUCGUCAGCUGGCGACUUACUGGCGCUCAACAAUUGAAGCCUCACCACUCAAUUCCACCCGAUAUGACUUUCCGCCGGCUUCAAUCGAUGACGAAGCACCCUAGUGCAAAGGCCGUCAGUAUACAAAAGCUCAUUGAUGACUACGGCGCUACCUAUUUCCGCGAAGCACUCGCACGCUAUAUCACACAAGUCAGCCACACCAAUGAUCCAAACCCCCCCCAUGGUCUUGCACUGGAUGUGUUGGCCCACGACAUUCAUCUCCCAUUCCGAACUCUCCCUGUUUUUCAUAGAAUCAAGUGGCUGUCAAUAGAUUCUCGCGGUCACGGCAACACGACAGUCACGUUGGACUCUGUCCAUGCCAGACCACGACGGAGCUCGGGUACUCAUCCGCUGGCUCGCCGUUCGGAUACGGCUCUUGUGAGCCUCGGUCCAGAUACAGAUGCUGUUAGUGCCGGUAUUCAAGGGUUCCGUGUUGGGCAAGUACGAGCCGUCUUCGCACUUCCAGCCAAAUCAAUACCACUCCUCUUCCCACCAACAGUCGAGCUUUCGCGAUCCAUGGAUGGUGGCGAAAAGGUGGCCAGUGUCGUGCCAUUGGCAAACAUUGUGCGCAGUGUCCAUCUCAUACCGAACUUCGGCGCUGUUGUCCCACGAGAAUGGACGAGCGACACCGUCCUCGAUGAUUGUAACUCAUUUUGGUUAAACUCAGUAUUUAGAUAG